GCUGACGAUCGGCACAGGCCGGCACUGUCGAGACUGACCCGUCGGCUUUUGGCCUCGCCUCCGCGAAGAUCCGCGAUCCGCGAUCCGCGAUUCGCGAAAAACGCGCGGAGAGCCGGAGGACGCUCGGGGGCAGGUGCCGCUCGGCCGCGAUCGGCCUCGAAAAUUCGAGCGACUGACCGUGAACUAGCGGCAGCAUCGGACGAGGUGGGUCGCUCGUGCAAACACCGCGGCGAAAGACGGCAGGACGGGCGCGCGGCGAGGUCCGCGUCCACGGCAACGUCGAGCAAUUAGCAUAAAUUCUUAUUCGGCCGUAGGCGAGGCAGGCGAGCCUAAUGGGCCGCCCGAAGCGGAGGCGAAGCGCGGCAUCCGCGGCGGCUCGCGCGAUUAGGACGCGCGCCCGUAAAGGACAGCGAUAGCCGGCUAGCGCCCGCGGCGCAGCAAAGCGCUCGGCCUCUCGCAGCCUUUCGCAACAAUUUUCGAAAGGCGGCUGCGAGCGAGCGGACGUGCCGGAUCGGCCGCGCGUCCCGCAGCUCUCGGCCUAUAACAGGCUGACUCUGGCUCGGCUCCGGUCAGUCGCCGUCGCCGAUCCGCUUCCACGAGACGCGCCGGGCAGCGAGGGCCGACCGCGAGAGCAGCGCAGCCGGCCGCCGAUCCGAGGUGCCAAUUGGUCGGUCAACUGGCGCGCGUCAUCCGCGACGCGCGCGGGCGCGGGCCUCGGGCGGGCGCGUCCGGCGUCUCGGACGGGCCGCUCGAGCAACUCGCCUGUGCAGCCCUGGACGAGCGUAUGCGGCUGCUGCUGCGGGAGGGCGCCGGCACGCCGGCCGACGACGAGGCGGACGAGCUGCGGCUGCCGGACUACUACGACGCGCGCAAGUUCCGGCUGGGCCAGCAGGCCUUCUACAACAACGUGUUCGUCAUGAUGAUCGCCAAGCUGUCGGGUCUGCUGACGCUGCUGGCCGUGCCCUCCAUCCUCGAGAUCCUCGUCUUCACCAAGCAGAGCGGCACGCCCUGCACGGCCUUCCGCAGAUACGUCUCCACGAUACUGCACACCUUCGUCUGGUACGAGAAGGAGCCCCAGAAGCAGCACGAGUUCUUCGAGUCGCUGAAGAACGUGCGCAGGAAGCACUGCGUGGUCUCUCGGCGCAGCGCCGAUGCGGGCCUCGGCAGGAUAUCCCAGCUGGACAUGGCCUUGACGCAGUUCGGCUUCAUCGGGUUCACCCUGCUGAGCGGCGAGCAGCUGGGCGUCUGCGCGACCGAGGCCGAGCUCGAGGGUCUGGUCCACUUCUGGCGGGUCGUCGGCAGGCUGCUCGGAAUGCAGGAGAGGUUCAACGUGUGCAGUGGCUCGGCCGAGGAGUGUCGGGCGAUCUGCAGGCGGCUGCUGGACGACGUAUUCCUGCCGUGCUUCGCCCUCAAGAGCAAAAGCUUCGACGAAAUGGGCCGCGUGCUGCUGGAGGGCUUGUGGCCGGUCAAUCCGCACCUGGACCCCAAGGCUUACACCGCCUUCACCUUGCACCUGGCCAUUUCCGCGGCAACCAACAACAACCACUCGGUGGUUAUCGACACCGAGUCGAUGGGCCUCUACAGCAGACUCAUGCUCAACGUGCAGCUGAUGGUGCACCGCUACCUGAUGCCUCCCUCCUACUGGUGGUCCAAAUACUUCCGCUUCUUCUUCAACGCGCAGAUGAGGCUGGCUAUUUACCUCACCGAGAAGUUCCCCUUCCUGGCCUACUGGAUGUUCGGCAGGCACAAGGCGCACGUCAACAUCUACAAGUUUCACUACGACUAGUUGACCUAUCGCCACGUUGUGUUGUCGAAGCAACUUGUGGCUACUGUGCCGUGUCCUUCGUACAUUUACACUGUUUUCUUUUGAUACUGCUUAGUUUGUUUACGCCAAUUUUUCUAAGCUGACGCAUCGAUUGUUCAAACAAUAAAGCUUUGUUACGAAAAAUCACGAGUGCAGUCGUGGCUACUGAUC